CUGCUACGAAGGCUGGAACAUAGCAGGCGCAGCUGUCGUUCGUAGCCAGCUCGCAGUGCUGAUAGAUGUAUUGUGCAAGCAUACCGUGCAGUAUGACAGAUAGCUCACCUCUGCAUUUCACUGCGCCGCAUGUGAAACGUCCGUCCGAUUCAGAACGUGUGGUUCCAUCUCUGACGUUAAUCGGACAUGGAGAUAUUGAUAGAAUAAAGGUGACAAAUGCUCCCCUGCCGGAAGCCCCCAGUGCAGACGAGGUUGAGGUGGACAUCUACUACUGCGGGAUGAAUUUCACCGAUAAUUACUUGCGCCUUGGUCUCAUAAAGAACAGUCACUUCCCAGUCAUCAUGGGGAGUGAAUGCGCUGGAAUCAUUACACGCGUUGGGGCUAACGUAACUGAUUUCAAGGUUGGACACAGAGUGCUGUGUUUGCGGAUGCAAGGCGGUCUCUUCCGACACAUAGUCCACGUUCAACAGAGAAACUGCUUCCUGAUACCGGACCCAAUCACGUUGCUAGAUGCUGUCGGGAUUGGUCUCAACUUCUUGAUGGCCCAUCUGUGUUUAUUUGACUUUGGUCAUCUCCGAAAGGGGCAAGUUGUUUUUAUGGAAUCCAUUGCAGGUGGCGUCGGCACAGCAGUAUGCCAGCUUGCGCGGACCGUGCCUCUCGUGACCGUCAUGGGAACCGCCUCUCAAAUAAAGCACGCAAACGUGUCACAACUCGGGACGCACCGCGUUCUACUACACCAAGAGAACUAUGAAGAUGUGGUCGCGGCCCGGUGUCCUCGUGGUGUGGAUAUCAUAAUUAAUAGCAGCGGUGGAAGUUACAUAGAAAAAUAUUCCAAACUUCUCAGACCAUGUGGAAAAUUAAUCAAUAUUGGUUCAAAUAACUCUGCUAUAUAUCCUGAAUCAUCAAUUUGGGGCUUUCUGAAACCGAAAUGGGAUACCACGUACAUACCUACAGCAGAUCUGACCAGUCGUAACUACAGUGUAGCAGGUAUCAACAUAGGAAGUUUGCUGCAGUCUGAUCAAGAUCGCCUAAGACGUGUGCUUAUAGAUAUAUUUAGUCUCCACAUCAAGAAGAGAAUACGGUCUCACGUCGACGUAGUAUUACCUUUCGAAAGAUUUGAAGAUGGUUUUAGGCAGUUGUGUACAAGGAGCAAUUGCGGAAAGAUAGUAUUAAGAGUAAAGAUGGAGCCUGAACCACCCGCUGCAGUGGUCACGCAUGUAAGUCUGGAUGAUCUAUCUGCGCAUAAAAUAGGAGAAACUUCUAACAAUAGUAGCUGUGCUGAUGGCAAACACGAAGACGGUACCAAAGCACCUGAAGCAAGCUGAGGGCAGAAAUUUCGACGAAUCGGCCAGAUUAGAUUUGAUGUGAUGAAACGCAUGUAUUAUUAAAAAUUUAGAUUACUGUAGAAACAGAAUAAUACGCAGUGGUUUUGCUAAA